AUGUCCUGCUACCUCCACCAGCACCUCCCUGCGCUCCACCAGGACCCCGUGGCGCUGUCCCCCGGUGUCCCCUUCCCGGCUCAGCGGUGGCACUCCACAACCUGCAUCCCCCAGGCCGUGCCCGUCCCCCUGCAGCGGGUGACGUCCUCCAGCGUGUGCCACCAGCAGAGUGUCACCCAGGCCAUGCCCCGCCAGCUCCUCGGACCCCCCUGCGUGCCCCAGCACCUCCCGCAGCAGCAGAUUGUCCCCAGGCGGGUGACAACGUGCGCGCCACCGCAGCAGCGCGUCACCGGCGGCGCGGGUGUCACCUGGAGCGUGCCGCGGCAGGUGGGGGUGACCCAGUGCGUGCCACAGCAGGUGGGGGUGACCCAGUGCGCGCCACCGCAGCAGAAGAUCGUCCCCAGGUGUGUCACCACCUGUGUGCCGCAGCAGAGCGCGGGUGUCGCCGGUGUCACCCGGUGCGUGCCGCAGCAGCUGCAGGUGCCACCUCCCGAGUGCGUCCCCCAGCAGAAGAUCGUCCCCAGGUGUGUCACCACCUGCGUGCCGCGGCCGCCCUACGUCACCCAGGGUGUCCCUCAGCAGCAGAGUGCCACCAGGUGUGUCCCGCAGCGGUGCGUGACCAGCGGCUGUCCCCAGCAGGGCGUCCCCAGGUGUGUCACCACCUGUGUCCCCCAGCAGCGCGCGGCCCAGUGCGUGUCCUACCAGUGGGUGACGCCGCCGGUCCCCCAGCAGUGGCAGAGCGUCACCGCCGCUGUCCCCCAGCAGUGGCACGGCAGGUGUGUCACCAAGUGUGUCCCGCAGCGGUGUGACACCGGCGCGGCCAGCAUUUGUGUCCCCCAGCAGAGUGCCACCAAAUGUGUCCCCCAGCAGAGUGCCACCAUGUGUGUCCCUCAACAAAGUGCCACCAAGGGUGUCCCCCAGCAGUGUGUGACCCAAUGUGUCCCCCAGCAAAGUGCCACCAAGUGUGUCCCCCAGCAGUGUGGGACAAUCUGUGUCCCCCAGCAGAGUGCCACCAAGUGCAUCCCCCAGCAAAGUGCCACCAAGUGUGUCCCUCAGCAAAGUUUGAGGCGCCGCUCCGCCAUGCACUGCCCCGGCGGCCCCAGAUUCAUCCCCGAGUUCCUCCCGCAGUGCCCGGCUCACUCCGAGCCCUUCGCCAACACCUGCCACCCCCUGAGCAUCACCAAGAGCCCGGUGCCGCGCUGGCCCGCCUGUCCCCAAGGUGCCACCGCCGUGCCGCUGCUGCCGUGCCAGCCGCUGGUGCAGAAAUUCCUGCUGCUCUACCCCGAGACCACGCAGCUGCUGCAGAAACGCGUGGCCCGGAGCCUCCCGCCCUGCGCUCCGCGCUGCCCCGAGCCCGGCCGGCUGCGCUUCCCCCCGUGCGGCAUCCGCUGCUCGUCGUCCUCCUGCCGCGGCCGGGACAAGGUGGCCAAGAGCCCCCCGAGCCGCCCCGAGCUGACCAGCGGCUACUCGCUGCCCCUCCGAGGGGUCACCGAGUGUCCCCCGCAGCCCUUCCCGCAGCAGCGCCUGGGCUCAGUGGCCCCGCACAGGUGCUCCAAGGGCUACCCCACGCAGGAAUUUGUCGCCUGCUGCUCCUCGGAGCAGCGGCUGAGCAGCGCCGAGGUGACCGGCGGGGUGGCCAAGGUGGCCAAGGAGCGUCCCCCGCUGCGAGCGGUGGCCAAAGAGUGUCCCCCGCUGCGAGCGGUGGCCAAGGAGUGUCCCCCGCUCCGAGCGGUGGCCAAGGGCUCGGCGCCGCUGCAGGCGAGCAAGGGCCGGAGCUGCUCGGGACAGCAGCUGAGCAGGGCCCGCUGUGUCCAGCACCCCCGGUCGGCCCCGAGACCCUCCCGCCUGGCCCCGGCCAAGCGCUCCGGCCACUCCAAGAAAAGCCGCUGCGCUUCCAAGUGGCUCUGGUGA